CAGAUUCCAAGCCCCACCAGCCACCACCACGUCCUCCCAGCUCCUCGCCGGGCCGUGCGCCACUAGCACCAUGAUGAACGACGUCAAGCCCGCGACGACCGAGCCGGCGUCGCCUCCUCCAAGCCAGCCCCGCCAGCAGCACAGCCACAGCGUGGACGGCCUCAGUCCGCGUGGAGGCUCCAGCACCGUCAGCUCCAUCGCCUGCCUGGCCAACAAAGACAAAGAUCCCUCCACGCAACAGCACGUGCGCCGCCUGUCCACGGGCCAAAUGGCCGACGAGGCCGUCCCCAAGGAGCGCAUCGACGUCAUCAACGACUUCCUGCAGGAGCGCGUCUCCGCGCGCCCGCUCAUCGGUGUCGUGUGCGGUUCGGGCCUCGGCGGCCUGAGCCAGUGCCUCGCCAACCAAGAAGCCAUCAAGUACGAGGACAUCCCGCAGUUCCCGCGCUCCACCGUUGAGGGCCACGCCGGAGAGCUGGUCUUCGGCGACCUGGAGGGCAUCCGCGUCGUGUGCAUGCGCGGCCGCUUCCACUGCUACGAGGGCUACGCCAUGCGCGAAACCGCGCUGCCUAUCCGGGUCAUGUAUCUGCUAGGCAUCAAGUACUUGCUCGUCACCAACGCCGCGGGCGGGUUGAACCCGGACUUCAACGUGGGCGACCUCAUGAUCAUGAACGACCACCUGAACAUGCCCGGCAUGUCCGGCCAGCACCCGCUGAUUGGCCCCAACGACGCGCGCUUCGGUGCCCGAUUCACGCCGCUCUCCAACUGCUACGACAAGAAGCUGCAGGACUUGGCGCUCAAGGUGGCGGAAGACCUGGGACUUGCCCACAAGGUCCGGAAGGGAGCGUACUGCUUCGUAUCCGGACCCACGUACGAGACCCCGAUUGAGUGCCGCUUCCUCCGCCUGGUCGGAGGCGACGCUGUCGGCAUGAGCACAGUGCCCGAGGUCAUCGUGGCCGCGCACUGUGGCCUGAAGGUCAUCGGGCUGUCCCUGAUCACCAACAAGGCGCUCUUCCCCGGCGAGGAACGCGAGGCGGCAUCCCACAACGAGGUUCUUGAGACCGUCCAGGCCACGCAACGCGACAUCGAGACGUAUGUGCGCGACCUGAUCGCAGCUAUCGGCCAGCAACACCACGCGUAGACGAGGUAUUCUAACUUAUCCCCGAAAGAGGUUUUGCUAGCUAGAUACCCACCCCCGUGAUUAUAAACUAGAAGCUACCGACAGAUAGUAUACUGGCGUUUGGGUAGUGCUCGCGGCUUUCAAGGCGUCUACUGGUAGUCGCCUUGGGCGCGUUGUUGAAAACAUUAUCCUUACCGCGC